AUGUCCCAGAUAGACACCAUCCUCACUCUGCCUUCCCCGUUAAAGAUCCUUUCGAUCCAGUCGCAUGUGACUCACGGUUAUGUGGGCAACAAAGCGGCAACCUUCCCACUCCAAUUUCGUGGCUGGGACGUAGAUGCGCUCAACACCGUUCAGUUCUCCAAUCACCCUGGCCACGGCCGUUUCACAGGCCCCAAAGCCUCCGCGGACGACAUCCAGCAGCUUGCGCGAGGUCUCCAGGUUUUGGACGUACCGUACGCGGCAUUACUCACAGGUUACGUGCCGGAUGCGGCGAGUCUCGCGGCAGUGGGCGCGGUGUGUGCGGCAUUGUGUCGCCGCCACGGGUCCGUGUGGGUGGUGGAUCCGGUGUUGGGGGACAACGGCAAGCUCUACGUUAGUCGCGAGGUGAUUCCCGUAUACCAAACGAUUCUUCGAUCGGGCCACGUGACGCUCGCGACUCCUAAUCAGUUCGAGAUCGAGACGUUAGUCGGGCGCGAGAUCUCCUCCUUGGUACAUGUGGCGCAGGCGAUGCGGCUAUUCCACGAGAUGUAUGGCGUUCCCCACGUGGUGGUGACGUCUAUCCAUAUCCCCGGUGAGAAUCUGAUAUACUCUUCUGGGUCCUCGCGCGCUCCCGACGGCACUAUCACCGCCUUUUACUACCGCAUUCCGUUGAUAGACUCGGUCUUUUCCGGCAGCGGUGACUUGCUCCUGGCAUUGCUAACAGACGCGUUCUACCGCCAGCCCGGUGCCUCACUUGCCGAGGCGCUCGGUGAAUCACUUUCCGUGGUAGAGAACGUGCUCCUAGUGUCACAGCGGGCUGAGCGGGAGAAGCUGGGCUCCGGACGUCACGUCAAGGACCUUCGUUUGAUUGAGGCACGUGGGUUACUCAAAGGGAAGUGCAGGUACACUCCAGUUGAGUUUAAUGAGUAA